GGAUGGGGCUGGCGUCGUACAAUUUGGGAGGGAAAGAGGAGGCUCAGAGAGAGCCCCAUGCAACAACAAAAUAUGAAAGCCAUGGAGAAUCGAUGAACCGAUCCAGAAAUCAGUUGCCACUGACUUUUCCGUAGCCACACAUUCCCAAAAAAUAAUUCCAUCGGACUCGAACCGACGGAAAGGCUUAAUCUGAACAUUUUUCUUCAACUAACUACGGGAAGAAAGGAUUAAUUCUGACAAGGCGGUGGAGGGCGGCGGCCGGCUGUUCUGGUGGCCGAGCCGCGGCGGAACGAAAGCGCGCGCAAACGCGUAUUGACAUAAACAUUCGCAUAUAUGUUGGUGCGGGGAGAGAAUGUCCAGUGAAGAGGCAAUGAAAAAGGUGUCAUGGAAGGGGAAGCUAAUGUGUGGGAUGAGAGAAAGCGAGGGCGAGAUAGAGAGGCUCUCCGGAAGGGAUGAUAUGAGCUCUCACUAUAGUUUCAACAACAGCAUUCUUCCUUCCCUUGGAGCUCUCAGCAAUCGCAAAGCUAGUCUUCGCACCUCCAUUAUCUCCCCCUUUGAUCCCCAUUAUCGGAAUUGGGAGGCAUUUCUGGUACUGCUUGUCUUCUACACAGCGUGGGUAUCUCCUUUUGAAUUCGGCUUCCUGGAAACCCCAAGCGGACCUCUAGCCAUCUCCGACAAUGUUGUGAAUACAUUUUUUGCUAUAGAUAUUGUAUUGACAUUCUUUGUAGCCUACCUGGAUAGAACAACGUAUCUUCUCAUUGAUGAACCAAAAAAGAUAGCUUGGAGGUAUAUAAGAAGCUGGUUUGUUUUGGAUUUGAUCUCCACAGUUCCAUCUGAACUUGUGAGGAAAAUUUGGCCCCACUUUCUUCGGCCAUAUGGCUACUUCAGUAUGCUUCGGCUUUGGCGUCUUAGGAGGGUCAGUUCCAUGUUUGCAAGGCUGGAGAAAGACAAAAACUUUAGUUAUUUUUGGAUUCGGGUUGCAAAGCUUAUAAGUGUUACUCUGUUUACAGUUCACUGUGCAGGCUGUUUAUACUAUCAUAUUGCUGUGCAGAAUCCCAACCUAAAAGAAACAUGGCUUUCGUUAACCAUGAAUGAUGUUGGGAAGCAAAGCAUUUGGGCUCAUUAUGUGACAUCAAUAUACUGGUCCAUUACAACACUUACAACUACUGGCUAUGGGGAUUUGCAUCCUGUGACCAUAUCAGAAAAGAUAUUCGUCAUGAUAUACAUGCUGUUUGACCUUGGAUUGACAGCUUAUCUCAUUGGAAACAUGACCAACUUGGUUGUUCAUGUGACCAGUAGAACCAAGAAAUUUAGAGAUACUAUUCAAGCUGCUACAAGUUUCGCUCAAAGAAACCAAUUGCCAGUUCGCCUACAGGAUCAAAUGUUAGCACACUUGAGUUUGAGGUACAGAACAGAUGCCGAAGGCUUGCAGCAGCAAGAAACUCUUGAAGCACUGCCAAAAGCCAUUAGAUCCAGCAUAUCACAUUAUCUGUUCUAUUCGCUAGUUGAUAAGGUGUAUUUGUUCCAUGGAGUGUCUGAUGACUUGCUCUUCCAAUUGGUUUCUGAGAUGAAGGCAGAGUAUUUCCCUCCAAGAGAAGAUGUCAUAUUGCAAAAUGAAGCACCCACUGAUUUGUAUAUACUAGUAACUGGAUCACUGGAAGUUAUAUCUCAAAGGAAUGGAGUACACCAGGUGGUUGGAGAGUUGAAGGCAGGAGACAUUUGUGGAGAAAUUGGUGUCCUCUGCUACCGGCCACAACUUUUUACCAUUCGGACAAAAAGACUGAGCCAGCUGCUCCGCUUGGACCGCACUUCCUUUUUUAAUAUUGUUAAAGCAAAUGUAGGUGAUGGCACAAUUAUAAUGAACAAUCUCCUUCAGAAUUUGAAAGACAGAAGAGACCCAAUGAUGGAAUCAAUCUUGGCAGAUACGGAGCACACACUGGCUCAAGGAAGAAUGGAUAUGCCUCUAAGUUUGUGUUUUGCAGCGAAUAGAGGAGACGAUCUAUUGUUGAACCAAAUGUUGAAACGGGGCAUGGAUCCAGAUGAGUUUGAUGGAAAUGGACGUACAGCUCUGCACAUUGCAGCUUCGAGAGGAAGCCUAGAAUGUGUGCUUCUACUCUUGGAUUACGGAGCAGAUCCAAAUAAAAGAGAUUCAGAAGGCAAUGUCCCGUUAUGGGACGCCAUAAUAGGGAAGCAUGAAGCUGUUAUAAAACUACUAAUGGACAAUGGUGCGACUUUAUCCUCGGGUGAUGUCGGCCAGUUUGCUUGCUCUGCAGUUGAACAAGCCGACUUAGACCUACUAAAGAACAUCAUGAAAUACGGAGGGGAUGUCACCCUUCUCAAUAGUUUAGGAACCACGGCGCUUCACAUGGCCGUUUCAGAAGAGAACUUGGAAAUGGUUAAGUUCCUAGUGGAACAUGGAGCAGAUAUUGAGAAACCAGACGUGCACGGGUGGUCACCACGGGCACUUGCGGAGUAUCAUGGGAAUGAAGACAUAAAAGAAGUAUUUAGGUCAAAGGAAGAGUAUAAUAGGAGACGCGUUCAGGUUCCCGAACCAAAGGCACCUUACCUCAAGAAGUAUCAGAGUGAGUCUUCAAUCCCCCCACCAUUGCUCCCGGAGACAUCUUUGGUGGCACCAAUUCGUGCACCCGGGUUAUUGCCGGGACAUAUCAGGGGUACCAGCUUGUCUAAUAAUACGAAAUGGAGGACAAGGGCGUCUAACUAUAGAAAAUCACUCAUUGGCUUCAUGUCAGCUCAGGCUGGUCCUCAAGAAGAGACAUUUGAGGCGGGUAAGGGUGCAUUCAGCUUCAGAGCUCAGCAAGCUCCUCCUGUGGCGAGAGUAACGAUAACAUGCUCCCAAGAAAAGGGUGAGAGAGGAGGAAGGGUGGUGGCAUUGCCUCAGUCCAUGAAAGAGCUGCUUGACAUUGGAGCACAGAAGUUUGGGUUUACACCCACUGCAGUUUUCAGUAUCGGCGGUGCUCUGAUUGACGACUUUGCCCUCAUCAGGGAUGGCGAUGUCCUUAUUCUUGCAUCUGAUAAUAAUAAUUAUUAUACGGACACAUUGAAAUAGGCCCUUCUUCAUUCUUACACUUUUUUUUAACUUUGUACAUUGUACAUUGUGCUCCCUUUUAUCAGUGUACACACACACACACGGUUCCUCCAUAGAUAAAUAACUGUACAUGUAAUGCUAAUCGAGUGAGUUGUGUUUUCCUUACUUAGUAGUAGUUGUUCAUGACGAAACUUAAACAUUUUGGGUUUAGAGAAAGGUGUUUUCAGAUGAGACACUGAUCAAUGUAAUUUUGACACUUAUCAUUUGUAAAAGAUCGGGGCCUGUUAUAGUUGUAUGGUACAUAUUUGAAAAACUU